AUGAAACAACCGGCCACAACCCUUAAAAAAUGGCAACUCUCAGGGGCAUGUUGGGUGCUUCGACAAGAAGCGAGCCCGGUCGCCACAGGCAUCCUUGCCGAUGCCUGCAGCACCGGGAAAACAACCACGGCUAUCACGACGAUGUGGUAUGCAUCAGUUCGAGCGGAAAAAGACCCAGCACACACCCAUAGGCCAACACUCAUUCUCUGUCCAUCUGCCCUCAUCGACACCUGGCUGACAGAGCUGAUGGUGAGGUUCGGUGAUGCAUUCCCAAUCCUCCUCUUCCACGGGCACUCGGCCCACACUUCAAAUUACACCUGGAAGUCCCUUACUGUUGAUAAACUUGCGGACCUGGAGGCACAACUGCAGCGGCUUGACGAUCAUGACAUGGAGACGUCGCGAACAAUUGUCCUCUCGUCAUAUAGUACAUGGGCUGCAUGCACCGUGACCGAAGUGACCGAAGUCAAGGGCAAAGGUAAAGACCGCCAGGUUGACGGAGCCGAGGACAGCGAGGAUGAAAACCCCAAUGAGAAUACACUGGCUAUAGAGCAGUUGGCAUUGUUGCAGGAGACGGCCGAAACGGCCAAUGAUAGAGACAUGGAUGAGGCAGAGGAAUUCGGCUCCAGCUGA